UUGGCAGAGUUGGUGGGCAAGAACGGUCCUUGCUUGCGGAGGAAAGGAGACGGAGGACAAACGUUACUGCAUGCAGCUGCGGCCAUGGGGCUAGAGAGACCUGUUCGAGAGCUUGUUGAGCUAGGAGCCGAGGUCGACUCUAAAGACGACAUGGGCAGGACAGCGCUCAUGCAUGCGGCAUGGGAGAGCCAUCCUGCUGUGGUCGACGCUCUGCUUGAACUCGGUGCGGAUGCUGCGAUAGAGAAUGCUGGAGGAGGAACUGCCCUGACUGUGGCG